AUGCAUUAUUCCAAUUACUUCCUCGCUGGCCUGACGGCCUUGGCCGCAGAAGCUACAGCAGAAUGCAGUCGCGAAAUGCUUCAAGCCGCCACAGCCAGCCUCAUCGCUGCCCAAACUGCCGGAUCAUCCAGCGGUAUUACAGCGUUGUCUGACACCGUAACCUACACCCAAAACGCCAAAGCUGCCACCAUCUCAACCGGUAUCCUCUCUCAGGCAUUGAAAAUCGACCACAAUCGCAGUAGUUACGAUACCACCCAAUGCGCCACCUACACCGAGCUCAUCGUCACCGAUACUGCGAAACCAUAUGUCAUUGGCACGCAGAUGCAUUUCACCGAUUCAAAAAUCACGAAGGUUGAGACGCUCGUAACGACGACUGGGGAUUGGUUGUUCAAUGCCAAAAAUACGCUGAAGUGGGCGAUCACGGAGAGCUGGGCCGAGAUCCCUUCUGAUAAGAGGGAUAGCCGUGCGGUGAUCCAGGCAGCUGCUGACGCUUAUUGCGAUAUCUUUAACAAUAAGAGCGUUGUUGUUCCGUGGGGAAAGCCAUGUGCGCGUCUGGAGGGAGGAAGUUAUACCGGAAACGGGUCAGCUUCUGAUCGCUGCGACGUGGGAAUCCCAAGUGGUGUAGCGUUGACAAACCGGAGAUAUGUGAUUGACGAGACGGUUGGAGCUGUGGAUGUGUUCUUGACGUUUGGAGGAAACCUACCGGAUAGUCAUGAAUUUAGGGUUGAGGGAGGGAAGUUGCGGUACGUGCAUACUUUGACCGUUAUGACCUAG